AUGGAUAUAGAGAGAAAGAAGUGCCUAGAUAGGCAGAUUGUAAGAGAGCGGUUCAAUUCCUACCAGGAGACGAUUGCUCAAUAUGGAAUUAGCGCGGACGAUAUUUGGAACUUCGAUGAGACCGGUUUUAAUAUCGGCGUUGUUCAAGACCUGUGGUUUAUUACUCGCGAACCUAAGCGCCAAAUCUUUGACGGUUUUAGUACUAAUCGCGAGUAUGCAACUGCUAUUGAAGCAGUCUCAGCUACUAGGUCUCCUAUCGCACCGGUAGCAAUCCUACGCUCUAAGGUCCUUCUACUACAAUGUGAGUGGGUGUAUGAUGCGACAGUCAGUGGCUACGAGAAGAUUACCAAUGACGAUUUCCUUGGUGCGAUCGCGCAGAUUCGGCAGAAGACCUUCAAACCUUCUACAAUCAAGCUAGGAUUUCGAUUGGCUGGCCUCUGGCCAACCAAUCCUACGAUAGUCCUCGAAAACUUAGUCGAUGAGGUCGAUGAGGUCGAUCUCGGCUUUCACACACCAAACCCUCCGUCAACAAUAGCGGCCGGUGGCUAA